AAGUAAUGGCAACACCAAAAGACUGUCAAACAGCCAGCUGCUUGCUCGCGUUGCGUGAAAUUCUUUUUAUUUUUGGAAGAAAUGAAAAUUUAAGAAAAAACCCUAUACAAGUAUUAGUAUUAUUAAAUUCUGUUGAAUGUGCUUGUUGUGAAGUAUACGAACAUGCCUUUGGCUAAUUCUUCGGAUCCCUGGCGCAUGCAGAAUGUCGGCGAUAUAUCGCGUGGUAACUCUGCACAGACUGCAAACAGUCUUCCAAUGGUUGUUGAAAAUUCAGCUGAAUCCCGCCAGGCAUCCACAACUGAGAGCCAUGAUAAUGAGAUAAACUUUGAGAGAGAAGUAGUACUUCAAGAUGUUGUUAAAGAAGGCCAUGAAAAAGCAGAUCCAUCACAAUUUGAAUUGCUCAAAGUACUUGGUGAAGGUUCCUUUGGAAAAGUAUUUUUAGUGAGGAAAGUCAUGGGUGCUGAUGCGGGUACUCUAUAUGCAAUGAAGGUACUUAAAAAAGCUACAUUAAAAGUCAGGGACCGAGAACGUACGAAAAUGGAAAGAAAUAUUUUGGUUGAAAUGGGCCAUCCAUUUAUUGUUAAAUUACACUAUGCUUUUCAAACAGCUGGUAAAUUGUAUUUGAUAUUAGACUUUUUGCGUGGCGGUGACCUUUUUUCUCGUCUAAGUAAAGAGGUAAUGUUUACAGAGGAAGAUGUCAAAUUCUAUUUAGCUGAGUUAGCGCUAGCAUUAGAACAUGUCCACAGAUUGGGUAUAAUAUACAGGGAUCUCAAACCAGAGAAUAUUUUGUUGGAUGCGGAUGGUCAUAUAGCUCUCACUGACUUCGGCUUAUCUAAACUGCCUCCAAGCAGUGAUAAAGCAUACAGCUUUUGUGGUACUGUGGAAUACAUGGCACCUGAAGUAGUGAAUCGAAGAGGGCACACAUUUGCUGCUGAUUGGUGGUCAUUUGGAGUUUUAAUGUUUGAAAUGUUGACGGGUAAUCUACCGUUUCACGGUUCUACAAGACAUGAAACAAUGACACAAAUACUAAAGGCUAAACUCGGUAUGCCAGCAAAUCUAAGCGAAGAGGCCCAAUCCUUACUGCGGGCAUUGUUUAAACGGAAUCCACAAAACAGGUUGGGAGCUGGCCCUAACGGCAUCGAAGACAUAAAAAAACACGAAUUUUUUGCUAAUAUAGACUGGGAUGCACUUUUACGAAAAGAGGUAAUACCACCUUUCCGGCCCGCGGUGUCGCGUGCGGACGACGCCUUCUAUUUUGACUCCGAGUUCACGUGCCGCACGCCCAGGGACUCGCCGGGCGUGCCCGCUUCCGCUAAUGCGCAUGAGUUGUUCAGAGGUUUCAGUUUCGUAGCGCCAUGUUUGUUGGACGACGACACCAAAACGAUGACUAACAAUCAAAACCAAAACCACGUGUCGCAGAACAACAAGUCCUCAUCGGAAGAAUUCUGGGCUGGCUUCGUAAACAGGAACAAUUUCUUUGACGAGUAUAGGUUGAUGGGAGAAUUGGGCACAGGGUCUUUCUCAGUUGUUCGACUUUGUGAACAUAAGACCUCGCGAGUGCAAUAUGCCGUCAAAAUUAUGGAAAAAAUACAGUACGACCCUCGAGAAGAAAUCGAAAUUUUGUUGAGAUACAGCCAGCACCCUCACAUAAUAACUCUCCGCGGUGUUUACGAGGAAGGCGGUCGGAUACUCGCCGUUACCGAGUUAUGUCGCGGUGGCGAAUUGUUGGAACAUAUAACGCAAAGACGAUACUUGCCGGAACACGAAGCGGCGCCCAUACUCAGGAAUGUCGUUCAGGCUGUGCAUUAUUUGCAUCGGCAUACUGUUGUUCAUAGGGACAUCAAGCCCUCAAAUAUACUAUUCGCGACAUCAGAACGAAAGCCCGAGGACAUUCGUUUGGUGGAUUUCGGUUUAGCGAAACAGUUGCGUGCGGAAAACGGUCUGCUCAUGACACCGUGCUACACCGCAAAUUUCGUGGCUCCGGAGGUGUUAAAAAGGGCCGGCUAUGAUGCCGCCUGCGAUAUUUGGAGCUUAGGUGUGUUGGCAUAUAUAAUGCUAUCAGGGAGGACGCCGUUCGCGUCUACCGGCGACGACACGCCGGAAGCGAUACUGGCAAGGAUCGAAUCCGGAAAAGUGGAGUUGUCAUCGGGUGUAUGGCGCGGUGUGUCCGCUGAAGCCCGAGGCUGUCUCCGACGCAUGCUGCAAUUGGAGCCGGGGCUUCGGCCCUCGGCCUCUGACUUAUUGAGAGAGCCCUGGCUGUCUAACAAUAACGUAGUGGCGCCUAGUGUGGAGCCCCUAGGAGACGCGGAGGCCCCCCCACCGCCAGCCGAUCUAAGGAGAGCUGUUGAUCUUACUUAUCAGGCUAUGACAUCGUCUCCCCUAACGCCUCAGAUCCUGGGCCCGGUGUCGCAGUCGACACUAGCGCAACGCCGAAGCAAGCCGCAGCGGCGAUUCCCGCCGACGCAACUUUAGAUGUCGGCCUCUCUAUACGAACACACGUUCUCGCCUUUGUACAAGGUAUUUGAACAUUAAAUUUGGAAUUCCAUAAAAUUCUGAAUAUUAUGAGACUGGCGUGAAAAAUAAUGGAGAUUGUGACGUCGCAAUUUAUGGUUGUGACACCAUAACUUUCCCCUACAUCGCCAUUCUGGGAUUUACAAAUGUGUGUGACGCAAGACUAAGUUCUAUCACUCCUUUAUUUUGUGAAAUACAUUUCUAUUAUAUUUCUAUGGCAUAUUUGGAAUUGCGUAGCCAUAUUUUAAUUUGGCAUAAAUGAGCAAAUGUUCAAGCAUUUAUGAAGCCGUUAGAACAAAUGACAACAAAGCUGUGAUCAGAUUUAAUGUUGUUUGCAUUUAUUUGGAAAUCUUAAGGGUGUCGCCACAUCAGCCAAAUUGAAACUUUAAUGGUGUAAUAUAUUUGUAUUUAAGUACAUUGACUAUGAUAAAAUUAAUUAUCUUUUAUGUUGACGAAGCAUGCUAUUAAAAGUUUAUCAACGUACGAGUAUAUGACCGCGAUUCGACGUCUCGAUCCUUAAAAUAAACUCGUUGAUUUCAACGCCAAAAUUAGUGAUGUAAGUUACUAGUUAGUUGUGUAUUAUUUUCAUGUUUGUAUAAUCAAGUACUUCUUUUAGCCUUAGGCCAUGGAGUCUUGAAUGAAGUUCAUUUAUCGCCAUACUAUACGACAACACACGGUUUUAAAAUAGAACAUUAUCCAGAAGAGUGAGAAUUGAAAUUCUUGAUAAUCUUACACAUUUCGGUCAGAUGUGACGACAAACUUACCAUAAGUUUGUAAUGUUGGAACUAGGUAAACUGAUAAAGAAUACAAUGCGAUAGUACGAUUAUUGUCUCUAUCGCGAUAGUACCCGCCUCGGUACAUUCCAUGAUCGUAUCUUAAGAACAUUUACA